CUAGACCAAAACAAAAGGCUUCAGCACCAACCUUUCUCGUUUAUUCGUCUUCUUCUCCGGUGUUAAUCAGUUGGAGAGUUUCAUCUAUUUUUCCACGUCUUCACAGACACGAAGUCGCUUAGUUUCCAGUCCAUCCAAAUAAGAAAUCGUUACCCUAAUUUUUCUUCCCCUAAUUCUUCAUCAGAACCAUGAAUUCCACGCAGAGAAGUCAUUCGGGGAGUAUUCAAAGCCCUAGAUCUCCGUCUUCACAUCCAUUUUUAUCAGUCUUUGUUACUGAUCCUGUUAAAUUAGGAAAUGGAGUUCAAGCUUACAUCUCUUACAGAGUCAUUACUAAGACUAAUUUCCCUGACUAUCAAGGGCCAGAGAAGAUUGUUAUCCGCCGUUAUAGUGAUUUUGUGUGGUUGCAUGAUAGACUUUUUGAAAGAUACAAGGGGAUUUUCAUUCCUCCAGUCCCUGAGAAGAGUGCUGUAGAGAAGUUUCGGUUCAGUGCGGAGUUCAUUGAGAUGCGACGUCAAGCUCUAGAUAUAUUUGUGAAUCGUAUAGCUUCCCAUCCUGAUCUUCAGCAAAGUGAAGAUUUGAGGACAUUCUUGCAGGUGGAUGAAGAGAGAAUGGAGAGAGCUAGGUCUCAAGAGAUUGGAAUUUUCAAAAAGAAGCCGGCUGAUUUGAUGCAAAUUUUCAAGGAUGUGCAAUCUAAAGUCAGUGAUGUUAUCAUGGGAAAGGAAAAACCAGUGGAAGAGUCAAACCCUGAAUAUGAGAAACUUAAGCGAUAUAUCUUUGAGCUUGAAGAUCACUUAGCGGAAGCACAAAAACAUGCUUACCGUCUAGUAAAGAGGCACAGAGAGUUAGGUGAGACACUGUCAGACUUUGGCAAGGCGGUCAAGCUUUUGGGUGCUUGUGAAGGAAAAACACUUGGUAAGGCAUUUACAGACCUUGGAAUGAAAUCCGAAGCACUGUCAGUUAAGUUGGAGAAAGAGGCAUACAAUCUCUUGAUGAAUUUUGAAGAACCUCUGAAAGAAUAUGUUCGAUCAGUCCAAUCUAUCAAGGCCACCAUGGGAGAGAGAGCCAAUGCUUUCAAGCACCAAUGCGAACUGGCCGAAACAAUAAAAAUGAAGGAGAUAAACCUUGACAAACUGAUGCUAACUCGAUCAGACAAGGUAGGAGAAGCAGAAAUUGAAUAUCACGAAUUGAAGGCAGAAGGUGAAGAAGCAACAAGAAAAUUUGAGACGAUAGUGCGGCUAAUGAGUGAAGAGAUUGUUCGUUUUCAAGAGCAAAAGACGUUAGAUUUGGGCAUUGCUUUCCAUGAACUUGCUAAAGGCCAGGCGCAUCUUGCAAAUGAGAUUGCUAAUGGCUGGCGUAGUCUCCUACCUAAGCUGGAAGCUUGUUCUCCCACACAGACAUGAUUUUCAGUGAUAAAAGUAGUUACGAAUUGUAAUGAAAACAAAUGAAACACAAAUCUCGAGUUAAUAGUCUUAGAAACUUCAGUUCUCAUUGUAAUUUUGAAUUCAGUACAGGUUUAAUAAAACAUACAGUUUCGAAUCUGUUAAACUGUCAGUCAGGGGUUCCUUGGGGUGUAUUCUUUCAGCCAGUUUAAUAAUGGUUUUACUGUUGUUUAUGUA